AUGCGAAUUGUGGAAUCCAUUGUUGCACAAGCAGUGUUGUUGAGCCUGUCGUUGGUGAUACAGUUGUUGCGCUGUUGGAUUCGGCUUUGGGUGGAGCGUCGAAAGAGUCUGACACUUCCCGACUAUCUUGUAUGGGGUGGAUGGUUCUUCACGUUGGGGUGGUUCGUGUGCUCAGCUGUAGCGCUGAACAUACAGCUCACACAUCCGCUGGUAGAACCAGAUCUCACAACGGAUUCUGUUGAGUACCUCAGAACAGUCUUUGUAGCCUCUUACUGCUUCGAUAUCGGGCUGUACUUUCCCAAAUUCUCUAUAAUAGCUUUCUAUUGGUGGCUCAUCCCAUCGGGAUUUCGCCGCCUCCGGAUAGCAGUAUACCUCGCGACUGGAUACACAGCCUGCUCUUUUCUUGCAACACUAUUAACGGACACCCUUAUCGCGGGUAAUAUCUCGUACAACUGGUCGAUUGAAUAUCAGCUAUAUUCCACCUGGAACUCGUACAAUGGUCUAAUCAUCAACUGGGUUCUGAAUUGGUCUUCAGAUGUAUUAUUGUUCGUUCUUCCGUUCUUCAUCAUCAAUUGCAUCAAGCUCCGCAAACGACAGAAAAUCGCUUUGUGUGGGGUCUUCUCUCUCGGUCUCAUCACAUUGGCAAUCAGUCUAGCUCGCUUUAUCGCUUACGCAGGCAAUUUCGAACUUGAUGACCCAACUGGUAACUUGUGGUGCACAGCCGAAAUGUGUACAGCAAACAUAGUCGUCUCGCUCCCUGCGCUAAAAGCCUUGAUCAUACGAGCUUCUCCUACGAAUACUUCGGCGCACAGUAACACCGGUUACAUGCAACACAGGACUCCAAGGAUAUUUAGCGAGCCUAGCAAAAGCGGCGAGGAUGAAGUCGAAUUGGUCGUUCAAGAUUCAGGCAAAGUCAGUCUGAGCACGCAUCGAACUGCAAGCGCAAACGAUGUUCGAGUAACCACACAUGUUACUGUUGAAAGACAUGCAUUAGAAGAUGUGCUAUGA